UACUCUUGUGUUUACUUUUAUCAUAGUUUAAUAAAGAAGUGUAUUAUUAAACUAUGCUUUUAUAUUUAUUGUUAAAACUGAUCGGUUGGCCACGUGAAGCGCUGUAGUACACAAAGCAGCGCUAACUGUAGCUGUUUCCAUGACUAAAUUGUAAGCUAAGUUUUUAAAAAUGUUUUGGCGCUGUCUAAUCUAGAAUAGACUUAAACAGUGCUUUGUUUUGAUAACAACAUGCAGAAAUGGAGUAGAAAUAACGGGGAAUCUAUACAGCAGAAACUUCGAUCCCAACUAUACAGCUGUGCGGAAGAUUCUACUGUGCUAAAAGUCACUAAAAGUAGAUCCACAAUUAAUGCAAGCGAUAGUAAUGAAAGUUCUGGAAGUAAUGCACCACACUUACACCAUGCUGCUUUUCGUACAACUUUCUUUAAAGUUGAUCAUCAGCGUAAACUGCAACGAAACGCAAAAAAAAGUUGUCAUGUUAUGUUACCCGGAUUAAAACCUCACCCUCCCAGUAAAUCAAUGAGUGCUGUGGUUGAAACAUCAAAAGAAACUCAAGACGCGACUUCAAACAUGGAUUUCACUGAGGAAUCAUUGGACCAUGAUGAUCGUUCAAGCAUGACAAGCAAAUCGGUAGAAGAUGUUAUUUGGGAGAAUGUCCGACCAAGUGUUGAACCAACUGAGUCGUCAGAUGUUUUAUCACAAAGUGUUUAUGAUAAUAUAAAACCAAGUGAUAGUGAUGUCAUAAACCACAUUGUGAGGUUAAGAGAUAUAUUACAAUGGAGGACAAUGCUUCCACGCCAUGGACCUGGGGUUCGACAAGCAAUGAAAAAUACCAACCAUAAAAAUCCUCUUGGGGAAUGUCUAACUCCUGAAAAAGACAGUGGAGAAUUUGUAUACGCUAUUAUGAAAUCACAAAAGACAGUUCCAGUCAAUCCAUUUGAUCUAAAAGUAGUUUCAGCAAAUUUUGCAAGAUCCAAGGAAAUUUAUUUCAUUGUAACAGCAAGCUCAAUAACUAAGUGCAUCAAAUCUUCUGAUAAAGACAAACCUGCAACCUCAGAAGUUUACCCAGUUAUAUGGUGGCUGUAUGAACAACGCUUGUAUAACAUGGUGUGCAAGUUGCCUGUGUUUGUGAAGUUUCGAAUGUGGAAACAGUUUAUUGUGUGGAGGAAUGCUAUACGGGGAUCAAAGACAUGUUCUGCCAGGGAAAAUAUUGAAUCUAUUUUGUUUUCUGCUGAUGAUCGCUUACAAAGAUGCAUGGCACACGUUCGUAUCAUGUGUGAAAAUAUAUCUGGUAGCAGAGACGGCCUGGGUGUGGGUGCUGAUGCAAUACUCUUGCUUAAAUAUGACUCAAGGAAAACAUACAACCUUGAAGAGUUUUGUUUGGUGCAAAAAAAGCAGAGGGAUAAAUCAAUUAAAAAGCUCUCAGAGUUCCGAAAUUUUGUUGUCAAACUAACCCAUGAUGUUUGUGAGACCUGUGCACAACAAGGUGGGAUAACUAAAGCAGUGAGGCUUGGUAAAGUUUCAUGCAACCAAUAUAUCUACAAGAAGGAUCCAAGUUUAGAAGACACAACAUACACCCAGCUUUCAAAAUGGAGAAAAAUCCUGACAAGACUCUCGUUGUUCAUCAGUUUGAUUGACAAGCUGGUUCAGGAAAUGUUAAAUCGUCUUGUUGUCACAGCAACACAAUUUCUCAACUCGUUUUUAUCUGUUUCAAAUUUCGAUGGCAACUCAAAAUUUAAUGAUGAGCUAUAUAAGCAGUUUAAGGCACAUGCCCAUAUAUACACCAAUGUAACACAAUGUAGUGAACAGAAUGGAUAUGCUUCAGUUCAAGAAAUGUCAAAUCCAAAACCACCAACAACAGACAAGCUGCAAGCUGGUGAAGGAUCUCAGAAGAAAGAUAAAAAAACUGAGCAAGAGUCACCACCUGUGUUUAAUAUACAACUAGUUUUGGAGGUAUCGGAAUUCGAAACAGCUAGCAGGAUCAGCACUACAAGCACAGUAAUACAACAAACAAAAAGAAACAAAUCCCUUCGUAGAGCAAGUGUAGUUCGGUUUGGGAAGAGCGUUUCAUUUCCUGACCAAUCACAAGGCUCGUUAGAUUCGGAUCGAGAAUCAGAUUUCGAAUCAGAAGCCACCAGUAGAAGACAAUCAGUUGUCAGUGAGCAAAGCAUUGCAGAAUCCCCCACUGUUGUAACUCUGUCUCCAAGCAAAAGUGAAUUUCUUUCUUCAAUUCAUGAUCUCAUUAAAAGCUUUGAAGAAAUUAUGAGUGAGAUACAACUGGUCAAGUCAGCUGAACAGUUAAAAGACUUCACAACACGACCAGCGUUUGACAUCCAAUUAUCAAGUAAUGAUGAAGAUUCUGACUCAACCAGUGUUUACACAAGCAGGAUAUUAACUUCGGAUUCUUCUUAUGUUGAGAUGGUGGAAAAAUUGUUGGAAAAACUUGAAGUGGCAAUUAAUGAAGUAUCUGAAUACUCAAGCCAAUAUCAAAAGUUUUGCAGUAUGGUUGAUGAGAGCAGACUUGUUGAUGUUGAUGGUUCAUUGAAACAACAAGAGUGGGGACCUGAUCAAUUUGCUUCACUUCUCUCCAUACAUACUGAGAUGACGCGUGAAAUGAGAGAUAUGAAACCUUCAAAACGUGUUGCUAUGUUCUAUGUCGAUGCAAAAGGUUUCGCAAAGUCAGCUCUUCCUUAUCCGCAGGUUGUAAUUGAUUCAACCCAUCAUUGGCUGCCUAUUCUUACAACUCGUCACAACGAGGAAUUAUUGUCUGUUAUUCGAAACGCUGUUCGCCGAUUGGACAGUGACCCGGGCACGGUUGAGCAGUUUGUUGAUCACCUGACUUUCCUCGCUCGAACGAUCACAGAAAUGCCGGCUCUCGAUAAAGAAUAUUUCGUAGUUACGAGACUUUUUACAAUUAUCAAGCAAUAUGGAGUAUAUAUGGACCCCGAGAAUCUGGCUGUGUUCCAUACACUGGUUCCUGCUUUCCAACAUUUGAAAAGUUCUAUUUUAUUUUGUGAAGCCAAAAAAGAUGACAAUAUACUCAGGUUUAGUUCAGACUUGGACAAGCAUAUACAUGAACUACGAUACCAGCUCUUUGAUCUCAAAAACAAGGUUGCUGCUCCUAACCUCUUAAGCACUGAAUCUCUAUCAGUGGUUGCUUUGGAGACAGUUAAGUUAUUAAGCGAAGAAGUUGAAUCUUUAUCGGGUAAAGCAAGAAGCUAUGCUAACUACCAAGACAGAUUUGGAUCAUCUUUCUCAAACAACAAGAAAGUUUACACAGUUGAGGUCAUGAUAGCUGAAUCAUCUGGAAGUAGAGUAAGCGCUGCUCAACUACAAGCCGAGUUAUCUGAGGUGGAAAGAGACAUUACACUGAGGAAACUACUGUGGGAAUCAAGUGAUGAAUGGGCUAAACUACACCAGGAAUGGACGAUCACUGAGUUCCUGGAACUUGAUAUUGAUUCAGUUCAAGAGAAUGUAAUGAGGUUCAUGCAAACUGUCUUCAUGCUGGAGAAAGGUUUGCCAAGGAAUGAUAUUGUACCAAGACUGAAGCACUUGGUAAUGGAGUUCAAACAGGGCUUACCGCUAAUUGCUGCUUUAAGGAACACAUGUUUGAAACAACGUCAUUGGGAUGAAAUCCAGUAUGCUAUUGGUCGCUCACUAAUGCGUGACACAACUCUUACUCUGGGAGAUUUACUGAAAUGGAGAUUAUUCCAACAUAAGGAUCUUAUAAUGGAGAUUUCUACUCGUGCAACAAACGAAUCCACACUCCUUACAAUGCUUAACAAGUUGAUACAACUAUGGCAUACUACAGACUUCAAACUUGUAGCUCACACAUCGGGACCACAUAACGUUAUGAUUGUGUCAACUGCUGAAGAAAUAUGGAAUCAACUUGAAGAAAGUCAAAUGACUAUCGCUACAAUCAAAGGAUCCAGAUACGUCAGUCCUAUAAAGGGUCAAGUAGAAGACUGGGAACGUCGAUUAAUGUUAUUCUCACGAACUUUAGACGAAUGGAUGAAAUGUCAAAGGAACUGGCUUUAUCUUGAACCAGUUUUUACUACGAUUGAUAUACAAAGGCAACUUCCUACAGAAUCACAACUAUUUGCUCAGGUUGAUAAGUCAUGGCGAGAUAUCAUGAGAAGAACAGAAGAUCGACCAAAUGCUCUCAGAUCUGCAACUAGUUCUGGUGUUUUGGAAGCUCUGCAAGCAAGCAAUUCAAAUCUUGAAAAAAUACAGAAAUGCUUAGACGAUUACUUGGAGCUUAAAAGGCUUGCUUUCCCGAGGUUCUACUUUCUCAGCAAUGACGAGCUACUUAGUGUGCUUUCCCAUGGUAGGGAGCCAUCCAGUAUUCAACCACACUUGGUCAAAUGUUUUGCGAAUAUUAAGUACCUGGAUAUCAGACAAACUGGAUCAAAGGGACCUCUCACUGUGCAUGCAAUGAUAUCAGCAGAAGGAGAAACAGUUGCCAUGCCAAAGAAUGUUCGAGCUCGUGGUUCAGUAGAACAAUGGUUAUCUUCUGUAGAAGGAGCAAUGAUUGACACUGUGCGCAAACAUCUUCGUAUGGGUCUACUUACUUGGUCACAUGACCCCAACUCGCUUGUUGAUUGGAUGAUGAAAUAUCCUGGUCAAGUUGUGCUUACAGUGGCACAAAUCAUGUUCAACAAAGAUGUCACCAAAGCCUUAACUACAGAGGAUUCUGAAUCAGAACUUGAAAAAAUUCACCAAGAUUUUAUCAAAGUUUUAAAUGUUUUAUCAGGCAGUGUUGCCAGACAUCAUACUGUUGCACAUCAAUAUUUCACACUGGAAGCACUGAUAAUUAUCUAUGUUCAUAUUCGUGACAUCAUCGCUGACCUCAUCAAAUCAAAGGUCAAGUCACCACAAGAUUUUCAAUGGACAAGACAGUUAUUAUACGAAUGGCAAGAUGCAUCAAACAUGUGCAAAGUGGUUCAAGCAGAAGCAAGAUUUGCAUACGGAUGCGAAUACAUCGGAUGCGCCUCAAGACUCGUUAUCACUCCUCUAACUGACCGAUGCUUCCUCACUCUUACUGGAGCACUCAAUCUCCAUUUAGGGGGUUCACCUGCUGGCCCAGCUGGUACUGGCAAGUCCGAGACAGUGAAAGACCUGGCAAAGAUAAUGGGAAAGCAAUGCGUUGUGUUCAACUGUUCUGAGGGAAUUGAUUUUAAGAUGACUGGCCAGUUUUUCAGUGGUUUAUCACAGUCAGGUGCUUGGUGCUGUUUUGAUGAAUUCAACCGUAUCGAUGUUGAAGUGUUGAGUGUGAUUGCUUCCCAGGUUCAUUCCAUUAAAGCUGCAAUGGAUGCACAAGCUCUCAGAUUCAUGUUUGAGGGUCGUGAGAUCAAACUGAAUGCAUCAUGUGCUUACUUCAUCACUAUGAACCCUGGCUACCUCGGUAGAGUUGAACUACCUGAUAAUUUAAAGUCUUUAUUUCGGCCUGUGGCAAUGAUGGUACCAGACUACGCCCUUAUCACAGAAAUUAUUUUGUUCUCUGAGGGAUUUAAAGAAGCGAAACUUUUCUCAAGGAAAAUAGUGAACUUAUAUGAUUUGGCAAGCAAGCAGCUAUCACAGCAGGAUCAUUAUGACUUUGGAAUGCGAGCAAUCAAGUCGGUGUUGGUGAUGGCAGGACAAAAGAAACAAAGUUACAUCAGUAGCGUCCAUAUGUUGGAUGAGGAGGAGAUUUUGACACAAGAUCGCAACAUCCUCAUCCACUCCUUGAGGAACGCCAACCUUCCUCGAUUCCUCGCAGAAGAUGCUCCUCUCUUCAACAACAUCAUGUCCGAUCUCUUCCCAGGAAUCGCUCCUUCAAAAAUGGACAACACAGCUUUGGAGAAAGCAAUAGAGCAAGCUACAACAGAGCUUGGGCUUGAGUUAUGGCCUGAUCAACUACAGAAAGCUGUGCAGUUAAAAGAACAACUUGCUGUGCGUCAUGGAGUCAUGCUCGUUGGCCCCUCUGGUGGUGGAAAGACAACAGUUCGCACUGUACUCCAGAGGGCGCUAACAAGCUUUUAUUCAAGCCUUGCACCAAAACUCACAGAUGAGAGGAGCAGUCGCAGAAGAAAAUACGUUGAAUCUUUCUCCAUCAACCCUAAGUGUGUUUCACUUGGUGAAUUAUAUGGAUAUACAGAUCCUAAUACACUGGAGUGGGUUGAUGGGAUGCUUGCAUAUGUCAUUAGAAAAUAUUCCAAAGAGUUAUCCAGCAGUGAAUACCAUGGUGGAAACCAACCUCGACCUAAAACAUCGGUUUCAUUCCAAGAAUCUGUGACAAGCAGAGAUACACCAGCAAGCAUGAUGUCGGACCUGUCAUCCACUAAAUCUGAUGAGACAGAGUUUGAAUGGCGUUGGGUUGUCUUGGAUGGUCCAGUAGAUACUGCGUGGGUGGAAAACCUUAACACAACACUUGAUGAUACAAAGACAUUAUGUUUGGCUAAUGGAGAAAGAAUCAACAUGCCAGAUAAUAUGAGGAUUAUGUUUGAAGUCGAUACACUCACUCAGGCAAGCCCAGCAACUAUAAGCAGAUGUGCAAUGGUGUACAUGGACCCGGUUAAACUUGGAUGGAAACCAUUUGUAAAGUCAUGGAUUAAACGAUUGCCAAAAAGUUUACCACAAAGUGGUCGUGACCAUUUAUUGCAACUGUUCACAUUGAGUGUAGAGACAGGAUUACAAUUAUUGGAUAAAAGAUUGAAGCUUCAACACAUUCCUGUUCCUCAUUUAUCUGUCGUUCAAACUCUGUGCAGAAUAUUACAAGUUCUUAUUUUGUUUAUGGAAAAAAAUGGCGGAUUUGGAGAACCUGACCUGGUGGAAACACCUGAUGUUGAAAACUCAAUGAAAACUCCAACUUUGAAGUCACGAAGCAAACAAGACAAGCGAACUGCUGCAGCUACACUUAGUAACCUUGUCAACUCAUCUGCACAAGAAGCUAAACCAAAAUGGUACAUGGAGGUUUACCCGGACCGUCUUUCUUUUAUUCUUGGACGUUUGUUUGUAUUUGCUUUCACAUGGAGUAUUGGUGGGGUCCUUAACAGAGAAGAUGACCAAGAAGAAGACACUUUAAUUAGCAGCACCGUGAUUGGCCGAGAUGAGACAUUAAUAAACAUGAGUUACGACUUUGAUCAAUUAGUGCACGAUAUAUUUGAGAAGGAGAAUCAAUUAGGAGUGACAUUCCCAUCUGGUAGUCGAUCUAUAUUCUCAUACUUUGUGGAUUUGCAGUCGGGUCGUUUUGUUCCAUGGGAUGAAUUAGUCCCCGCAACUCGAACAUUAAUUGAGCGAGGUCUUACGUACACACUGGUUGGGAAUAAUCGGGCAUUAGUUUCGGAUCAACGAAAAUCUGCCGCAGCAGAUUCAAAUGCUGCACUGGUGCCAACUAAUGACACGAUCCGAUAUUCUUUCUUAUCGGCAAUUCUUCUGCUCAACAAGUUCCCUGUCUUGCUCACUGGUGACAGUGGAGUUGGAAAAACUGCUUUAAUUCAGAACAUUCUAUCCAAGUUAAAAGCAGUAGGGGGUAGUGGGACAGAUGCUGGGACGAUUCUUGGCGACGUUUUUCGAUACAACGAGAAAACAUCGGCCAUUUUACAAAACAUUGCCAAUCUUGGAAUUCUAAACCAAUCAGAAGCUCCCAUUGAUAUUAGCGAUACGAUUGGACAACCAGUUGCCGCCUCUAAAGCACAAACUGGUGAUCUUUUGAUAAACACAAUUCAAUUUAGUGCAUUGACCCAGCCAUCUCAGUGUCAAGCACAAAUGCUAAACAAACUCGUGAAACGUUCACGUGAUUCAGUCGGACCACCAAGGGGCAAGAAAUGCAUUGCUUUUGUAAAUGAUCUCAACAUGCCAGCCAGUGAUAAACACGGCUCUCAACCUCCUCUGGAACUAAUACGUCAAUUCAUUGAUCUUGGUGGGUUUUAUGAUGUGAAGAAACUGACAUGGAAAGGAGUUGUUGACGUAACAUUGGCUGCCACAGCUGCACCACCCGGUGGCGGAAGAAGUCUCAUCAGUUCGCGACUUCUUAAACAUUUCUCGGUGUUUGCGAUCCCCCAACCAUCCACUAAAUCAUUGCAACAUAUUUAUAAGGUACAACUCGGUCAUUUCUUUGAAAAUCGAGAUUUCAUGCCAGAAGUGAAGGAGUGUUGCCCACAAGUUGUAAAUGCCAGUAUAGCUGUUUAUUAUAAGAUGUGUAAUGCUAUGCUGCCAACUCCUGACAAGUCACAUUACACUUUCAAUCUACGGGAUCUUUCUGAUGUUAUCAAGGGUGUACUGCAGGUAAUUCUGGCACUGGAGGGCAGUGGUUAG